AUGAAGGUCACCGCAUCUGCCGUCUCCGCCUUCACCCUAUUCCACCUAGCUUUAGCCAACUUCGAUCUCUACAGGGGUACCGAUGUGACUGCUGUUCCAGAUGACAACCCGGAGCCAGCACUCGACGUAUGGCAGGUGUUCGAUGGCGAACCUGAUUGCGAUGAUGCCAGCAGCGCUCAAACCUGGGACGACAGUGAUGAUGUGAGCGGCGACAAGUUCGGUGUGGUAUACGAGCCUCGUCCCGCGGAUCCUUCGGACCCUGGAGCGGCUACGCGCGUGGAGAUGAACUUCCACGAUACAGACCCUGUCUAUCAUUUUACCAUAUACAAGGACCGCAAUUAUGAUAUGAUUGGCCUCGAUGGCAACACCUACGGCAACUGCGUUCCUUUCCCAGGCGAUGACUACCAGUGCAAUUAUCCACUUCCCCUGGGAGACAGAGUCUUGUCAGGUGCAAGGUUCUUCCGCUGUACCACCGAUCUCACGGCCCAGCAAAUCAAUGAGGUGAAUGGGAAGAAGAGAAGCGUCAAGAUCGCAGUCAAGUUCUAG